AUCAGCCUAGAAGGCAUUUACACAGCACUCAGAACAAGUAUGAACAUGGAAGUAAAGGCAACAUGAGGCGACAGGUUUUGAAGGGCUGAAAAAAAGAAGAAGAAAAAUUAACACACAGGAAGUAGGAAGUGUGAUCUGCGAUAUCUCCAGUUUCCAUGUGUGUGUGAGUGUGCGUCAAUGUGUGUGCUUGUGUGUGUGUUUGAGUGUGUGUGUACAUGCUCCGGUGGGCUGUAUGUGUGAAAUGAACCACUGACCUGUGUUAUGAGUUAAGGACAAUGUCUCUCAAACUACCUCGCAACUGGGACUUCAGCACCUUCAAGGCUGAGACAGCUCGGAUAGCACGAUCCAAGAGUGUGAUACCUGGAGAGGGAGGCUCCGGCCCGGGCUCGCCGCGCUCCUCCAGGUCCAUGGAGAGGCCGCUGAAGGCCGGCUGGCUCAAGAAACAACAGAGGUCUUUAGUCAAGAACUGGCAGCAGCGUUACUUUGUGCUGAGAGGGAGCACACUGACCUACCACAAAGAUGACAAGGAGACCACUGUCCAGGGAGUCAUCCAGCUACGGUUCAGUAAAGUUAAUGAACUCCCUCCAAACUCAGAUGACCCUGGGAAGUACCUCUUCGAGAUCAUACCACGUGCAACCGGAGACAGAGAGCGAUGUCCAUAUGUGUUCAUGGCGAGCUCCCAGAGUGACAUGGAGGAGUGGGUGCGCACUCUACGCAGAGUCAUUGGAGUACCGACAACUGGAGUGUUUGCAAAAAGUCUCAUGGAUACUGUGACGUAUGAGCAGCGUUUUGGGCCUCACAUGGUACCAAUCUUGGUGCAGAAAUGUGUCGAGUUCAUUAAAGAACAUGGGCUGGAUGAGGAGGGCAUCUUCCGACUGCCCGGCCAGGACAACGCUGUCAAACAGUUCAGAGACGCCUUUGAUGCAGGAGAGAGACCUUCCUUCCCCAGUGACACAGAUGUCCACACGGUGGCGUCACUGCUCAAGCUGUACCUGCGGGAGCUGCCAGAGCCCGUGGUGCCCUGGACUCAGUACCAGGACUUCCUGGACUGCACUACCCUGCUGGACUACAACAACACAGAGGGUUGGGAAAAGUUGGAGAAACAAAUCGCCCUUCUCCCCAGACUUAACUACAACCUCCUCAGUUAUGUGUGCCGGUUUUUGUUUGAGGUGCAGCAGCACUCCAGUGUGAAUAAGAUGAAUGUGGAGAACCUGGCUACAGUGAUGGGGAUCAACCUGCUCAAACCUCUGAUAGAAGACCCCAUCACUGUGAUGAAGGCAACUCCUCAGAUCCAGAAGCUGAUGACAGUGAUGAUCAGACAACACGAGGCUCUGUUUCCUCUCUCCAAAGACGUGCUCCCCUCCCCUCCAUCAAACAAGGCCGAGAGCCAGAAGAACACUCCCAGAAGCUUUGUGGGCUGGGAGUCUGCAGAGAUGGGUGAUGCGUCUCUGUCCGAGUCUCCAGAAGAGGAAGAGGACACUGACAGUCCAGGUCCAGGCAGAGAAAACUGCAGCCAGACCCUCCUUCCAGAGCCUGUGUCGCAGUCCACAGACGACUGGCUCGGAAGUCCCCGCAAACGCACUCAGACCCUGCCCAGCUUCAACUGCCCCCUCACAGGGAUGGCAGCAAAGGCCGAGGCUCUCAACCGGUGGAGUCGCAUCCAGGAGAGCGGGGAGGAGAAGAGCGGGACGUUUUCAGAGGACAUUUUUAAGAUCCUGGAUCUCCGGGGUUCAGGAUCGUUGUUUGGGGGGUCUCAGAUGACCAACAAGGAAGGGGAGGAGAAGCUCAUGUCCCGAAGAGGAAGUGACAGCACAGCUUCGUCAACAGCUGGCUCCCAAAAACCAGACAGUGAGUCCCAGCCUGCCCGGGUGCUGUCCCAUCAGAAGAGUGCAGAGACCCUGACAGUGGCGGGUUCAGGUCAGCAGGUCAACAACAUGUCUGAGCCGAAGAAAGACAAGCAGCCGCUUGGAUACAGUCUGCAGCAGGAGAACAAGGAGCUGAAGGCCUCACUGGCAGAGCUCCAGUCUGCUCUGGAGGCAGAGCGCCGCCGUGUGGCUGCUCUGGAGAUCUGCCUGAGAAAUGCCGAGCGCAGUCGAGACGAGGCCCAGAGACGCAACGAGGAGCUCCAAAGAGACAUUCAGCAGUUCCUCGGCGGAAAGAGACAAGCUCCCACCUAACAGUCAUUCCCACUCAUUAUCAGACUCAUGAGUAUAUGGAUUUAUGACCCUGAACAGAACUAAUUUCACAGGAGCUGGUUAUGGAAAAUACCAUCGUCUUCCACUGGGAUGGCACUGGAUUGUUUCCAUCUGAGCUGUUUGGUCCUGAAGAUGAAUUGUUGGCUCACUUGUUUGUGUCUGUGAGGAAAGUCUUAAUUUCACUAUUUGCAAUAAAGACUCCAAACACAGAACAAAUUUGGAAAGGUGGUGUCACUGUAUAUGGACUUCCUGGAUCGUGACUCCCAGAAAAGGAAGCACCACACUUGGGGGAUUAUUUCUUUGCAAAAUUUUAAUGUUAUUUUGGCAACUUGAAAAUGGAAGAAUUGAGUUGCCAUGGAAACGCGAGGCAGGACAACAUCAGCUUAGAUUGCACUCCUUGACAACUGAACUGCAUAGUGUUAAUGGUGGACGAUGCAAGUACUAUGUGUCAUAUGGAGUAAAUAAUCAGCUGAUCAUUUGAUGUGUCAUUUCUCUGGUAAAUUAAUAAAACUGCACAAACUGAA